UAAAAAAUUCACGUUGUUUUUAAAGAUGGCGUAGCGGACGCGACCAUAAUGUAAACAAAACAGUUGUGGGUAAAAAGAUUUUCGUGUGCGCCAUACAUAUAGAUGGGGCGCCCUGCAUCGUGUAAUGCAGGAAGUGACAGCUUUUCGAAGAAAUAUUGUCUUUCUGCUAUAGCUGCUACAGUUGCAGAAACCGUAACAUUUCCCUUGGAUAUCACCAAAACACGGUUGCAAAUUCAAGGUGAGCAUGCUUCUAAGAACCAUGGCAGACAAAUACAUCAGUACCGUGGCAUGGUUAAGACUGCUGCUGGCAUUGUAACUGAAGAAGGCUUAUCCAAAUUAUGGCAGGGUUUACCUCCAGCUGUGUUGAGACAUUUUGUAUAUUCUGGUUGUCGAAUGGGAUUUUAUGAAUACCUUAGAGAUUAUGUUAUGAAGAAAGAUACAGAUGGUUAUUUCCCUUUAUGGAAAUCCAUAGUUGCUGGCAUGUCAGCUGGAGCAGCUGCACAGUUCCUGGCCUCACCUACUGAUCUUGUUAAAGUACAAAUGCAAAUGGAAGGAAAACGAUUAUUAGAGGGACGCACUAAAAGAUAUCGCGGUACAAUGCAUGCAUUUCAGAUAAUUGUUAAAGAAAAUGGAAUACGAGGAUUGUGGAGAGGCUGGCUUCCUAAUGUUCAAAGAGCAGCACUUGUAAAUCUUGGAGACCUUACCACGUACGAUACUGCAAAACAUACAAUCUUGCGAAAAACUGGCUUGCAAGAUAAUUACGUCACUCAUACGCUUUCAAGUAUUUGUUCAGGCCUGGUUGCUGCCACCCUUGGAACUCCUGCUGACGUCAUCAAAACAAGAAUCAUGAACAACCCAGAUCAAUAUAAAGGUUCACUGGAUUGUUUUGUGAAAGCCGUGAAAUACGAAGGCUUCUUUUCUUUGUACAAAGGUUUUCUUCCAACAUGGGCAAGAAUGGCUCCUUGGUCAUUAACGUUCUGGUUGACAUUUGAACAAAUACGUCGUUUCGCGGGGUCAUCGAGUUUCUAACCAAUCAAUUUUCUAGAAGCUCAGCAAACAGGAGGUUGAACAUUUUAUAAAUAGUUUUUAUGGUGUUAAGAAGAUCAUAUGAGGGGUUUACAAGAAAAAAGCGAGCGAAUUUUCCAACUGCACAAAUUUAACCUUUACUUUUAUUACCGUUAACACAUAGUUUGAACGCAACUUUUACACUUUUUAACUUAUCUUAUUUAUUAUUUUGUGCACCCGCUAAUUGGCUUUGAAGGAGAAUGUUGUAAUUCAUUUUCGUCUAAAGAUGGUAGCUACGAGUAACGAAGGAUGACUUACGACUGUUCUUUUAAAUUCAUAGAAGUAUACAUUCCACUUAAAUUCAUUUAAUUCUCAAGCGAAAAAAAAUAAAUUAAAUUGUCCAAAAUUGAGUUGAAAAAACACUUCGCUAAAUUUUAAUGUUGGAAACACCCUGGGCCCUCCAACGAUUUGUCCAUAUAAACAAAUAAAGGAAGUCUUGCAAGUGGCUAGUAUUGCGGAUUUAUACACAGUAACUAUUUUCGCUUUCUGACAUGCUUGGCGCGUUAUAUUUCUCUCUAUAAAAGAAUCGCUGAGUAGAUUCAAAAAAAGGUGCUGCUUCAGCCUGUUUAAUCAGCCGGUAGACGACGCGUGUAAUUAGUAAUUCGACUUCCAAUCACGCGCCUAAUUUUUGUAUUACCUGUCUUUGUUGUAAAUGUUUUAUAAUAUUUAUAGUAGACUUUUUUAAUAAGAGAUAUUCAACUUAA